UAUCAAAGUUCGGGACAUUUAUUUAUUUUUUCCCACUUUGAUUAGAAAAAUACACACAGAAAUCAAUAAUAUUAAACUAGUAAGAGCUUAAAUCCAGCCAUAAAACCCUGGCCAUGAGUGCCGCAGAGCUGAAAGACCAAGGUAAUCGCCUGUUCAGUGCUAAACAGUUUGAUGACGCCGUCCAGUGCUAUACUAAAGCUAUCAUAAAAAAUUCCACAGUCCCUACAUAUUUUACAAAUCGUGCUCUCUGCCACCUAAAGCUUAAAAAAUGGAACCAGGCUAUACUAGACUCCCGACAGGCACUAGAUCUUGAUGGCAACCUUGUUAAGGCUCAUUUCUUUCUUGGACAAGCACUUCUAGAACAAGAAUGCUAUGAUGAAUCAAUAGCUGCACUAAAAAGAGCAUUUGACCUUGCAAAGGAGCAGAAACUAAACUUUGGGGAUGAUAUUGCAAGUGCAUAUCGAAUGGCAAAAAAGAGGAGGUUUGCUGUUGCAGAAGAAAAAAGAAUAUUACAAGAAGUAGAACUGCAAAAAUAUUUAAAUAAACUGGUUAUAGAGGAUAGGGAAAGAUCUAUAGCUGCCAUGAAAGAAAGUACACUUGAUGAUGAAGAAAAAGAUGCAGAAAUUCAAAAUAUUGAUCAUGAAGCUGAAAAACGAUUGUCUCAAAUCAGUGACUUAUUUGCUGAAGUUGAUGAUAGACGGAAGAAAAGAGAGGUUCCUGAUGCUCUUUGUGGAAGAAUAAGCUUUGAAAUUAUGAAAGAUCCUGUGAUUACUCCAAGUGGAAUAACAUAUGACAAGAAAGUCAUUGAGGAACAUCUACAGCGUGUUGGCCAUUUUGAUCCUGUAACAAGAACAGACCUCAGACAAGAACAGCUUAUCCCCAAUCUGGCCAUGAAGGACAUCAUUGAUGACUUUGUGACAAAGAAUGAAUGGGUGGUAGCGGAGUACUAAGGGCCAUCAUGUUCCAUGGUCAUUGUCGCAUGCACAGUACGCGCAGGUUUUAAUCACGACUGCUUAAUUUGGCAGUUGCAAGCCAGCCAUUCGGCAAUCUCACAUUAUAUUGUAUAGAAAAAUAGAGAUUUCUGAAUAUUCAAUAAAGUUUUUCCUCUAACUUGAAA